AUGCUGAGAAGGGAGGCCAGGUGUGAAUCCUCGGAGCUCGCUUCCGGCGAGCUAUCGGCGGAUACGCAUUCGAAUGACCCUCCUUCGGGGACCUCCGCAGCUGCUACAGCGCCGUCACUUGCUAUCGUCACCGUAAAGAAUUUUGUGAGCGGCACCAUGGGCGGCGGUUGUGAGGCGUUCGUGGGGUAUCCCCUCGAGACGGUCAAGGCGCGGAUGCAGACACAGCAGAACAAUUCCAGAGCGUUCACAGGGCCUGUUGACUGUCUGAAGAAGACUUUGCAGGAAGGUGGCGUCUCGUCGCUCUAUCGCGGUGCAUCGCCUCAGAUCUUCCGCUCCGCAAUGAGCGCGUCGAUCAUGUUUGGGCUUAUGGGGCAGUAUCGCUAUUUCUACUCCAAGACGCUGUUCGACAACCCGGACUAUGCUUUGAUAGCUGCUGGAGUUUCGACGGGUUUUACUGAGGGAAUGCUGUAUACUCCAUUUGAAAUUAUUAAAGUAAGGAUGCAGACGUUGUAUGGAGGCACCAAAACUCGAAUCAGCAACUGGCAGUGUGUUAGGGACGUGUAUAGUCGAAAUGGCGUAGGAGGACUCUAUCGUGGUUUCUGGCCUACUGCUGGACGUGAGAUGUUGGGUAACGCCGCGUACUUUAUGGCGUACGAGACGACCAAGGAUUUACUGCUCAAUCGUUUUGUGCACAACGUGCCUGGAUUGUCACCAGAAGCGGCGAAUCUGCGCACGUAUCAGUCCAUCGCCUUCUCUGGCGGCUGCGCUGGCUUCAUGUAUUGGCUCGUGGUGUUUCCCGUAGACACGGUGAAAUCGGUCCUUCAGGCCGAUCGUCUGGAUAAACCUCGCUUCAACGGCAUAACGGACUGCUGUCGACAACUUUAUGCGGAGGGAGGACCCACGCGGUUUUACAAAGGCAUCACACCGUCACUGCUACGAGCUUUCCCUGCAAACGCAGUCACCUUCGUUGCCUUCGAGAAAACUAUGAGCUUUCUAAAUCAAUUAUUCUAA